AUGGCUUUACAGGAGAAUCACUUCAAGUACAUAGACGUUGUUGUCUGCAACUUGUACCCGUUCCGUGCCACUAUCGCCAAUCCAAACUGUACCCUAGAGGAGGCAGUUGAGAAUAUCGACAUCGGAGGUGUGACAUUGCUGAGAGCAGCAGCGAAGAAUCACGCUCGAGUUUCUGUUCUCUGCGAUCCAAACGAUUACCAACGAAUCCUCAAACAGGUUGGUUUACCUUCAAUAUUCGAAAUUGUGUGA